AUGAAAAAAAUUGCCAUGCACGGAAGAAUUACGGAAGAAAUAAAUUCCCUCCAUCAUGCGUCAUGUAGUUACAAUACUCAGUAUUAUUUUCGAUUAAUUUUGUUUCUUAUUCAUAAUUCAGCAUAUAUAUAUAUACUACGUGCUUUAUUUCAAAUAACUAUUCACUUCUGUAUCUUUGCUAAAAGCAUAUUACCAAAAAUGCUAAAUAUUAUUCACCAUAAGGUAUUUGACCGAUUUUUGAGUAAAUCGUAUGAAAAUGCCAGCGCUAAACGGAAGAUACGUGCACGAUCAAAUUCAUAUAAUGAUGAAAAUAUACCACAUCAAAGACACACCAAAAAAGAUGAAGCUCAUGUUCUAUUCGCUGGUGCGAACAACCAAGACAUCGUUUAUAACUGGUCAGGAAUAAAUGUCAUUGCACAUAAAACACAGCUAAUCAUUCCGAACACAAUCGAACAAAUCUCUCAACUGGCGCGCGAUACCCGAUCAAAAAUUUCAGUCAUGGGUACUGGUUUAUCCUACGAGCAAAUCAUGUCCAUUCAUUUGAAAGAUCCUCAAGCACUCUUAAUCUGUAUGCAACAUUUUAAUGGACUAAUCGAAAUGAGAGAAGAAUCGGCAGUUUUCGGAGCUGCUACUCCUAUCAACGAUAUUAUCAAGGUUUUGGGUGAGCAUGACCGAAUGAUGCCGUGUUCGCCAGGUGUCAUCGGGAUUCAAACUAUUGCCGGCUCAAUCGCUACUGGUACUCAUGGCCAAGGACUCUAUCAGUCAAGUUAUGCCGAUAUUGUCCAAAGUUUGACCGUUGUUCUACCCAAUGGCGAUAUUGUAAAAAUCGAUGGUUCUCACAAAGAUUUCCCGUUGGAAGCAUUCAUCACUUCUAUCGGAAUGUUAGGAAUUGUAGUCAAUAUCGAAAUCGCUCAUGUGCCUCGAAAAGUAUUCUCUUGUCGGAAAAUGACGGUUGACAUUGAUGAGUUUCUCAGUAACUACCAACAAUGGAAUGAAGAGAAUGAAUAUGUUAAGGUUUGGUGGUUUCCGAAAACUGAUCUCUGUCAUGUAUGGCUUGUAGACGAAGCAGAUCCAUCUCAAACACAAGAUUUUCUCUGCAUAUCCCGCUCCAGUCCCAUCGAAUCAAAAUCGGAAAAUAAGUCAAUGAAUGUAACAGUCCGCCGCUACAUUGAUAAGAUGUCUCAUGACACUAAAUCUUCGUCUACCUCAUCACAACCUCAAUUUGAAACCUUGAAACGAUUUGCCAGCGUUAAAGAUUUAGUGGGUUACUCAGAACAAAUCUUAUGUAAAGGUAUUCCUGUGCCACAAAUCAAUUGCGAAAUCGCUGUUCCAUUUUCUCGUGCUAGAGACGCUACGCUCGCUUUACGUAAAUGGUGUGACGAGAACGAAGACAGACUUCACUAUCCGUUCAUCUAUCGUACAACGGGACAAUCUCGAGCUUGGCUCAAUCCAGCGUUUUCUGGUCCAGUGUGUUAUAUUGGAUUUCUCAUCUAUAUAGCAAGUGAUGGAACUACGAGAGCUGAUGGGAUGCAUUCGAUGCUUGAAAUACAAAAGAUUCUGGCAAAUCAUAAAGGUCUACCUCAUUGGGGUAAACAUUUUGUACCAAGUGUAUAUAAUUUUCGACGAGACAUUCCCAUGUAUAAUCAAUUUAAACAAUUAAGAACUCGUGUAGAUCCAAAGAAAAAGAUGAUGAGCAAAUUUUUGCAAGAUAUUUUUGACUAG